AUGGGAAUUAUGGGAAAAGAAGAGAAAUCCAGUGCAGAAAAUAAUGCAGAAAGCGAAAAAUCAAAGAAAAUUGACGACGAGCAAAAACUUCAAUACGGCUUUGGAUUUCGUCAUGUACAGGUUUUACUCAUUUUCACAUGCUUGACAAUCGCGUACGCACAACGCGUAAAUAUGUCUGUUGCCAUCGUAGCUAUUACCGACAGAAAUUCAACAAAUCCCGAUUUUCCAGAAUAUGAAUGGGACGAAAAGCAGAAAUCAAUGGUCCUCAGUUCCUUCUUUUGGGGAUAUGUAAUCACACAAAUUCCAGGAGGUCAAAUGGCAAAGCAUUUCGGAGGAAAAAUUAUGCUGCUCGUGUCCAUCACAUUAUGCUCACUUUUAUGCUUAUUAACUCCCAUAUUUGCUGCUUUUGGAUGGAAAGCAGUCGUGGCACUUCGAGUCGUGCAGGGACUUUGUCAAGGAUGUAUUUUCCCAUCGACUCACACUUUACUUGCUAAAUGGGCACCGCCUAGCGAACGAGGAACUAUCGGAACUUAUUGCUAUUCUGGUGCACAAUUUGGUACCGUUGUGAUGUUGGCCGUUUCUGGAGUUUUAGCUUCUUCAGCUAUGGGAUGGCCAUCAAUCUUCUAUUUAUCUGGAGUUUUUGGACUAGUUUGGGCAAUUUUAUUCAUGUUUUAUGGAUCAAGUUCACCUGCAGAUAGUCGAGACAGAAUUUCAUCAGAAGAAAGGCACUUUAUUGAGACAUCACUGAACACAACUGGAGAUGCUAAGAUCAUCAAGACUCCAUGGAAAGACAUUUUCACAUCAUCAGCUGUAAUAAGUUUAGUGAUUGCUCAUUCAGCUCACAAUUGGGGAUUCUGGACUUUGCUUACAGAAAUUCCAUCAUACAUGAAGAGCGUAUUGCAUUUCAAUAUAAAACAGAAUGCAUUAUUAUCAGCACUUCCAUAUUUCGUCAUGAUGAUUAUGAGCUUUAUAUUAAGUCCAUUUGCGGACUGGUUGACAAACAAACGAAUUUUAAAAGUCGAAUUUUCAAGAAAAUUGUUCAACACAAUUGGACUUUGGAUUCCUGGCGUAGCUUUAAUCGCUCUAGCGUACAUUACUUCCCAAACACAAAGUUCACUGGCUGUUGGUCUAGUCACAUUGGCUGUUGGCUUUAACGCAGCUACUUAUUUAGGAUUUCAAAUUAAUCACAUUGAUUUAUCACCAAAUCAUUCCGGUACACUUAUGGGAAUUACCAAUUGCAGUGCAAAUGUUAUGUCUAUUAUUGCUCCACUUUUGGUCGGAUUUAUUCUCAAUGAUGCUAGCGAUCCACUCCAAUGGAGAAUCAUAUUCUUCAUCGCUGCUGGAGUUUACUUCUUUGGAAAUUUGCAAUUUAUCAUAUUUGGUAAAGCAAGUACUCAGCCAUGGAACGAUCCAGACGCUCACAGGAAGAGAAACGACACGAUAGAAGGAGUCGAGAAUCCAGCUAUGGAAUAUUAAUGUUAUUUAUUAAAGAUACUAUUUUUAAGACUGUAAAGUUAUGAUUGUAGAUAAAAAAAAGUAAGAAGAAAAAGAGAAUGUCGAUAUAGAAAAGAUUUAACGUUAAUUUAAAGUUUAUUAAAUCAAAAUUUAAAUAAUUUUUUAUAAUAACUUCUUGCUUAUUUCCCUGGACUUUUUAAUGAUAACAUAUGUGAGGAAGAAACAUGCAAUCCAGCUUAUAAAUAAAGUUACAGGUAGAACGAAAGGAUACGAUGUUGAAUUUCCGACGGGAAUUAGAAAACUAAGAGUGAUGGGUGUGCUAUGAAAUUCAGUCUCAGUCCAAUGACAAUAAAAGGGUUCUGUAUGAUCAAAAAAGUCUGUAAUCUCUGAGCUAUUUUUACAUGGCAGUAAUGUUGUUCGUGCAUUUUUAUUUAGUGCCUGACAAUCUGACGUGAAGAAUAUUUGUGGUGAUUCUAUUUCUACACGAUUGAACUUCUUAUCACUUGGAUCAUGAUAACGAAAAUGUACUGGCAACGUGAUGUUUACAUUUUUCUUGAUUUGUUCAAACAUGAAGACUUUAAAUGAUGAUGAUUUUGAUGUCGGUGCCUCAACAUCAAUGUACGAUGGAACGAAUGUCUUAAUUUUUUUAAAUUUAUUUAAAUUAAAUAACUGAUCAUUGUCGAUAUAAACGGAACUUGGAAGUUCCUGGACAAGGACUAUAUCACAACUCAUUGUUGGCGCAAAUUUCAGACUGUACUUGAUUUCCCUACGAAAGCCUGAAUUUAGUAUCUCCAUCUUCAGAUAUGACUUUAUUUCUAAGGAAUUUACUUGAAUCGCUUGAAUGAUUAAGUAAAUUAAGCAAAAUAGUAAGUUAUUAAUAAAUAUCAUUUUUUGUUUUCAUAUUCUAAUAAGAAGCUCUGUUGAAAUAUAUUUUUGAUUCACUAGAUUUAU